CGUUUCUUCUUGGCGAAAACAGUGAACCAUGGACACUGCGACGACGACGACGCGACCGAAUGCGCCUGCGACGGCAUCGGCAACGAUCACCAGAGUGGCCGAGCCUGAAACGAGGUCGGAAGUGUACGUCAUGCGCUUGGACCCGCGGCCACACGUCAGGUUUGAUGAAGAAACCGCAAUUGACAACGAGUUCUUUGGCCGCAAAAAGUCUAAACGGUGCUGCAUUUUUCACAAGAAGCGUGAAUUUGGCGAAAGCUCCAGUGAAAGCGAACCCGAUUCGGACGACAGCAGCAGCAGUGCCGAAGAAAGGAGGGUUACGUGGAAGAAGAAGCAAGAAUUGAAGGCCACAGGCAGCCAUCUCCCGACCAAAAAGAAACACAUGUGCAAUGAUCCCGAAUGUACUGAGGCAACGUCCUAGGAAAAUUAACGAGUUAAUGAACACACUCUCUCUCUCUUGCUA